GUGUGUUUACGGUCCGAGGCUCCGGCGGAAGCGGCGAGAGAGUUGCUUGCUUCGGGGGGAAGUUUCAAGAAUGUGUUGAGCUGACUCUAUCCGGAUUUACUUAGGGUUUUGGGAAUGGAUUCGACAUUAUUGCUGCUCCUACUGACCGGGUGCAGCGUGAAAAUUGCGCUCGGUCAGCAGGGCCCGGUCUUCAUCCUGGAGCCGCCGAGCACCUUAGUCUUUUCAAAUACCACGGGCUCCCAAUUAGGCUGCUCGGCGCACGGCAGCCCGACGCCGCAUGUCACGUGGAUUACCAGCCCGGAUCAGAGAUCGGUCACGGCAGUUCCGGGACUCAGGCAACUUCUGGGCAACGGAACGCUGUACUUUCCGCCGUUCCUGGCUCAGGACUUCAGAGCCGAGGUUCACAAUGCCCGAUACAGAUGCCGGGCGACCAGCUCCGUCGGGACCGCACUUUCGCGCGAAGUCACUCUCCGUGCUGUAUUGACGGUACCUGGAUACGACGUCAGGGUAAAUAGACAACCCGUCAUGGAAGGCUGCAACGCAGUGUUGUCCUGUACAGCCCGGGAAGAUGUUAAGGAACAUCUCACUGUAACCUCCUGGUUUCGUGACGACGCUAUUCUCCUACCUGGAAACACAGACACCGGUGGAAGAUUCGUAGUUACCUCGCAGGGUGAUCUUCAUAUUAGGGCAGCCAGACCGGAAGACGGCAGAGCGACGUAUUCGUGUCUAACCCUACAUGCCUUGACCAGCGAACGAAGGAAGAGCGAACCUGCCACUUUAACAGUCACGGAACCAACCGGUACCUCGCCGCCGCGAUUGAUGCAACGACCCGAAAUCGCUAUUUCCGCCGAAAGCGGUUCCGACGUUCACCUCACGUGCUCGGCGCAAGGAAGCCCGCCGCCGCAAUUUACCUGGUAUCGCGAUGUUAAUGGCCACUCAAUACCAGUCGAAUCGUACGGCCGUAUCCAGCUUUGGGGUGACUUGAUGCAAAUUCGUCGCGUAGAUGCACAAGACGCGGGAAGAUACGUUUGCCGGGCCAGCAAUCAGCUUGGCGAGCAACGAGCGGAGACGCACUUGUCAGUCACAUCAAAGCUAAACGCUCGGAUUCAGCCGCGUGUGCAAGUCAUUAAUUCCGGCGAGACCGCCACGAUGAACUGCACGGUCGAAGGAUAUCCGGUCGAGAGCGUUGAGUGGCUACACGACGGUGUGCCAGUAUUGACCGCACAGGACACGAGGAUCAGAUUGUUGGCUCCCUUGGUGCUCGUGAUAGGCUCCGUUGGUCGCAGAGAUAAAGGGAUGUAUCAGUGUUUGGUGAGGAGCGACAAGGAAAACGCUCAGGCAACCGCCGAACUCAAGCUCGGAGACACGGUUCCAGAACUCCAGUACACGUUUAUCGAGCAGGCGCUACGACCGGGCCCGCCGGUUUCCCUGCGAUGUUCCGCCACCGGUUCACCGACGCCCUCCUUUACGUGGCUGCUCGACGGUGAACCACUGAGCCAGAUUGCGACUGGACACAGGAACUAUACGCGUAGAUACGCGAUAGGCCAAUACGUGGAUCAAUCCGGUGACGUGAUCAGUCACUUAAACAUUUCAUCGGCGGGAGCUGAGGAUGGUGGCCUGUACGCUUGUGUGGCGUCCAACACUUUGGCGACCGUCGAGCACAAAGCUAGAUUGAACAUUUACGGACCGCCGUACAUCCGAUCGAUCGGCCCGGUACGUGCCAUCGCUGGUGUCGACAUUACAAUAGCGUGUCCUUACUCAGGAUAUCCGAUCACAUCGGUCGGAUGGACCCGAGGUGGUGCCGAGUUGCCCUUUGACAUCAGGCAGCGGGUCGACAGCGAGGGCCACCUUACGAUUCUCACGGUAGACCCGAAUGAUGCCGGUACUUACACGUGUAUAGUUCGAGCAAGCUCCGGAGAGACCGCCAACAGAGAUAUAUUAUUAACUGUUAAUAGUCCACCAGUAAUGAGUCCCUUCAGCUUUCCCGCGAAUUCGCAAGAAGGCAGUCGUGCUCAAGUGACUUGUAGCGUGACAUCGGGCGAUCUUCCAAUCUACAUUUCCUGGUUGAAAGACGGCGAGCCACUGCCUUCCUCCCUUCGCAUUGAAGAGCGAGGUGCCGAGUUCUUCAGCAUCCUUGUCUUCAAGGAACUGUCGUCGCGGCACAGCGGCAAAUACACCUGCGUGGCCACGAACAGCGCCGCGAAGGUCAACCACACGGCCGAACUUUUGGUAAAAGUACCGCCUCAAUGGAUAUUCGAACCGUUAGACAUAGCGACCCUCCUGGGCAAUCCGUUGAAUGUCCAUUGCGAGGCCAAAGGUUUUCCACCGCCGCGUAUCACGUGGCUACGUGCCAGAGGCAGAACCUCCAACGACUAUCAGCCGCUGGUUGAUGGUUCCGAUGGUAGACUCACGAUAUUGCCUAAUGGAUCUUUGUGGACGGCUUCCGCCGGUCCGCAGGAUGAGGGUUACUAUCUCUGUAGGGCUAAUAACGGCAUCGGGUCUGGACUAAGCAAAGUGAUAUAUGUGUCGGUGCAUGAACCGGCAAGGUUUGAGUUCCAGAGUAAAAAUGUGACGAUUCGUCGUGGAGAAUCCGUGACCAUUGAUUGCACCGUAAUCGGCGAUAAUCCCAUAGAGGUUCAAUGGAUGCACAACAGUGAUCGAUUGGAUAUGAGCAAUCAUAGACUAAGCAUCGGCCAAAUAAAGACUGACAACGGCCUCAAGUCCCAAUUAUCUGUUGCAAACAGUGAUCGGCAAGAUUCCGGGGUCUACAGAUGCACCGCUGAUAACGCUUACGGUAGAAGCGAACACCUGAUUUACUUAGCAGUCCAAGAGAGGCCGGAUCCUCCAGCUGGACUCGAAGUAAUAGAGAUCGGUUCACGAUCAAUACGGUUAUUAUGGAAGCGAGCCUUCGACGGAAACAGCCCUAUAAGAAAUUACGUGAUACAAUAUCGUUCGCUGAGCCACGGCAUGACCGAUGAUUGGAAUCCCGUUAAAACGCACAAUAUCACGUACACGCCAGGAAGCUCCAAUAGCGGUAAUUCUAUACAUCCGACUCAAAACGGCUUAUCUCCGUUCGAAACCACCGGCGACGACCAAGAGGUAGCUCUGGUCGGUGGUCUUCAUCCGGCUGUUACCUACACUUUCAGGAUAUUCGCUAUAAACUCUAUCGACGCGAGCGGACCCACGGAACCUGUCGUGGCGAAGACUCAGGAGGAAGCACCUACCGAACCCCCGCAAAACAUCAAAGUGCAAUCUGCCGGGCCUGGAGAGCUCAUGGUCAGUUGGCAACCACCCCCGAAAGAAUCGUGCAACGGGGAUCUGCUAGGGUACAUAGUGACGUGGUCGGAACAUUCGUCGUCGACUUCGGGUGUCAAUCAAAGUAAAAGUUUAACCGUAAACGGUUGGGCGACGACGAAGGUGCAGCUAACCGGUUUAAGAAAAUUUACGAAAUACGACAUUUCGAUCAGAGCCUUCAACAGCAUUGCCAGUGGACCAGCUAGUGCUCCCAUCGUGGGCACUACACAAGAAGGAGUACCGGAAACGCCACCGACUCAAGUGACGUGCGUUCCAUUGUCAUCCCAGAGCGUCAAGGUGUCUUGGAGUGCGCCUCCGCCUCAUCAGCACGGCGGAAUUAUUCAAGGAUACAAAGUCUAUUACAGACCGGUUCCUACUGAUAACAUGGACAUAUCAACGGUUGGCGAAGUUAAAAGAACCUCCAGCAUGGACACCUACCUACACACGUUGUAUAAAUACACGAAUUACUCCAUCAAGGUAUUGGCUUACACAGGCGCAGGCGACGGAGCGUUGAGUCCACCGAUCUUUUGCAUGACGGAAGAAGAUGUUCCAGGUCCACCCGCUGGCAUUAAGGCAUUGGCGUUAACGGCGGAAAGUAUAUUGGUCUCCUGGUUGCCGCCGUUGCAGCCUAACGGGAAUGUCUCAAAAUACACCGUGUAUAGCAGAGAAGCUGGCUCCAAAAAUCAUAACGCGCACACGAUGCACGAGCCACCAUUGUCGCCCACGGAUACUCUCACGAUGGAAUUACGAGAUUUAGUGGAGAGGCAAUUGUAUGAGUUCUGGGUGUCUGCAACGACCGGCCUUGGAGAAGGAGAACGGACCACCAUAGUUACGCAAACAACGAAUACCAGAGCUCCUGCUAGAGUGGCGUCGUUCUCGCAAGUAUUAAGAAGAGCUGUAAAAUCGUCGGUCACGCUGUCGUGUUUAGUGGUCGGGAAUCCUACGCCACGACCUAUUUGGACAUAUAAAAAUAAUCAAAUCACCACUGGCAGGCAUUACGAGCUCACGUCCGACGGACACCUUAAUAUACGCGGAUUGGAGCAGUCGGUCGCAGGGAAUUACACUUGUUCGGCCAGCAACUUAUUCGGCGACGACUCCAUCACGUAUUCAUUAGUUGUAGUGAUGCCGCCCAGAGCACCGUCGUUAGAAUUGCAAUAUACGACAACCAACAGUAUCAGAUUUCGUUGGAAUCAUCCUGACAAUGGCGGUGCUACUAUACAAGGAUAUGUAUUAAGCUACAAGAGGGAUCAGGGUGGAUGGGAAGAAAUUGCCUUAUCUCCCGAGCAGACGGAAUUCGUGCUUUCUGGAUUGAAAUGUGGUUCUUCCUAUUUAGCGCAUUUAACAGCACACAAUCGCGUCGAUACCGGCGACCCGAGUCCACUGAUUAGCGCAACAACGAAGGGCACCGCGCCCCUAUUGCCUAAGGAAAGAGACAUUAUUUCGGCAAACGGCACGUCAGUGAAACUGAAUUUAUUAUCUUGGCCUAACGGCGGAUGCCCCAUUCAAUAUUACACCGUCGAGUAUCGUAGGCGCGUCAAUACAGAACCGUGGAUUUUAGUGGCCAGUAGAGCGACCGAUAACGUCGUGAUUCGUGACUUAAAAACGGCAUCGUGGUACAGUCUACGUUUAACGGCUCACAACGACGCUGGCUCGACGCAGACCCAAAUGGAGUUCGCCACAACCACGUUAAGCGGAGUCAGUAUCGGUCCGCCCAACGAUCUGAUAAUGGAAGACGAUAUCAAGAAGACUGUGCCUAAUCACAAAGUUCUGUAUGUUAUCGUACCGCUCAUCUGCGCAAUUGUUUUGGUUGUUUCUGCAGUUGUCCUGGGAUACGUCAUGCUUAAACGUAGCGGCAGAACGAACUAUCUAGGCGAGAUAUUACCGGGACAACAGCAGCAGCAACAAGCUGGAUUGGGAAUAGUCCAACAGCAACAGCACCAGCAGCAGCAUCAUCACUUGUCCAGUUGUAUGUCGACCGUACAACUCAAGUCGACGGCCGAACGAGACAACAGACGUAAUCAUCAGGUUUACACUAGCUCGCCCGUGAAACAAGAAAAUCACAAAUCCACCGAUCACGGAUCUGAAAUGUAUGAGAUAAGUCCAUACGCCACGUUUAGCGUUCCCGGCAGAGAGAACCGUUCGGUCACGACUGCGACGCUCGAUUACACGAUGCAAUUCAAGACUUUUGGUCAUUUGGAGAACGAGGACAUCAACACUAUUGAUUACGAGAGGUCCAGUGUGGAGUUCGAAAGGUCGAAAACACCAAGGUGGCACAAGCAACGCUACUUUCCGAGCAUCGCGGAAGCCGAGAGCAAGCUGCGAUCGAGUCGACAAGGCUCCGGGAGCGACACGUCCGGAAGCCCGUGCGGCGAAUGCGCCGGGCCUAGUUAUAGAGUACCAGUAAAGCCUUGUAGAGAUGUAUUUUCACGAGGUGUUGAAUCGAGUACAGAAUCUAACAACGAAGGUUCGCCCUCACUCGCGAGACGACGAAGCCGACAGCCGAGCCGGUCUACUCGCAGUUCGGUGGAGGAUAUGACGCUAUUGCCGCCAAGCGGGUUCAGUGACAGUCGCGAAUUGAGCGACGUGGAGUGCGACCGUGACCGUGAUCACGAACGCGAUCGCGAAUGGCAAGGUUUAUCAACCGGAACCCGUCACGGCGGCAGUUUGGGCAGACUUCCGAUCGAGGCCGUCGAAUCUAUGCUCGCUAGGUAUCGGCGAUCACGAGUCUCAAGCAUGCCGAGUACCAAGCAGCCGAGACCGAUAUCAGCAAAGGAAGGAGCAAGAAAGACAAGAAUUCACCAUACAUGUAUGAUCGAGCUUCGCUGGUUCGACUUGAUAUCUUCACCGGACAAUUUAACGUUAUUUAGAAAGAGGUGACAAGUCAUCUCUUCUCAAAACUAUCCGUCGCCGCUGGAGAAAAUUUUAAUAUGUUAGAAAGAAUGUGAGGAACAAUUUGAUUUUAAAUGAGGAUGGAUAUGUGAUAGAAGAGAUUCUCAGGUCCAUGUGUGUCGAAGAGGCGUCUUGAUAACGAUUUGCGUUGCGCGAAAUACUGCCGUUAUUAUAUACAAAACAUGGCCUUCGUAAUCUUGUAUGUGCCACAUACGACGAGUAACGCCGAAUUUUAAGAAGAACACGAACACCGAAAUCUUGUCGGCGAUGUUCACAAUUAAGCAAUCAAGAAGUAACGGAAACAUUCGAUGAUUAACUGUACGUUUUUUGAUAGCAUUUAUUCUUUCUAUCACCGAAUUACGAUUACAUUAUCUUUACCGUACGGGACGUCAUUACGAUAAAAAGAAACAAAGUCUGAUUGACCGAUCCAUUACUUUCGCGACGACCAAUUAUCGAUAUACAGGGUGAACGCCAACUUUCAUACGAUUACCUCCGCUUCACUAGUGCGAUUUACUUGUUAACGAGCUAUUCUACGUAUGGUUAUAGCAAUGACCGAUUAUUCGCGGUAAUGAAUACCGGGUUUUAAAAACGCUGCACCGCGGUCGCGACGUUACAUGUUACACGUUACCCUUUAAGAAAUAGGUCAAUUAAUUCGAAGCUAACGACAGACGUUUAUUCGAAAGUAAACUCGAUAUAUUCCUAAUUUCAUAAUUUUAACAAUCGAAAAUUAGUUCCUCAAUUCCUCUCGACUUGAAACAUUCGAAAGUAUUUCGAUUCUAUUCUAUCCAAUUCGAUUACAAAUUCUGGUUUUUCUAUGAAUCAGUUUUUUUCUUAAUAGUGCCAACUUUAUUAGAAAUAUAUAAUAUUAAGAACGUUAUGAAAACUAAAAACAAAGACUUGAGAAGAUAAGGAGGUUUACGUGUGCUCCUUUUUCUGUCCUAAAUGAACAUAAUUGUGCGCUAUAACAAAUAGUAUUUACAAAUCGAUUAUCCGAAUAAGAAGCGGCUAGCGCCUUAACUAUGUAAAUAACCGUUCUUUGAGAAACGACACUUAUCGAUGUGAUCGUCAAAUACGCUAACGAUUAUGAAAUAUCAUGUGCACAGAGAGUCGUAGUAUUGUCCGCAGACAAGAUCGAGAAUCGUAGCAUACCACAGCGAUCGAGAAAACCGUAGCUUUCUCGCCGGAAAUUCGGUUUUCUUUUUCAAAGUUUGUUCUCGUAAUAACGUGAGACUGAUCGUUAAUCGAGUACGCUUGCAUUGAUUUCUGCCAAGAAGAGUAAAACGGUUAAUCGUUCCGAUCAAACGAUACUUCCGAUCACACCCAAAAAGAAAAAAAAACCAACAAACGGAACCAUGCGACGCGCGACGUUCUUCUUUUCCUUUUUACUUUAAUAAAAGAGAGAUAAAGACUUACUUAGAAUUAUUCUCGCGGUUAUUUUUAAGACAGUUGGAACUAAUUGUAAGUCUUGUAGGAAUCUCGAAAAAAUUCACGUCUCUUACUUUAUACAAAUUAUGGCGUAGAUGUAAUAUGUACAUAACUGAAAUACUCAGAAGAGAUGAUUUCUCGAGAUAUGCGCGUGCGUAAUUCGCGCCUAUCUCGGAGGACGAGAUUUUAUGCGGAGUACAUCGCGAUCGAUAUCACAACGUCGUCUUAUAAAAAAAAAAACAUGGAAGAGUCGAAGAAAAAAAUCAGUAAAGGUUCAUUCCGUAAGAUCAGAUUUCCAGAAAUUGACAUAGUUUAAGGAUCGUCACAGUUCCUUACGAUUUGUCCGCUCUCAAAAGGAUGAGAGAGUUGGAAUAGUUAGAACAAGCGCGAGGUAAAAUAAUAUUGGAAGAGGGGAGCAUGUGUGUACGUCAUUUCAUUGCAAUCGCAAUCGCAAAACUGCCGGUUAAACAGUUGGGACAAGCCAUUUUGGUAGAAUAUCAGCGUAAAUGUCUUAAUCCAUCGCACACAUAAAAUUGCGAAACCAAGACCGUUCGCACAAUUAAAGCAAUUAAGGAAUAAUACAAAAAUUAUAUGAUACAAAAUAUACACGACGAAAAGCUUAGCUAGAGUGAGGUCGUUUUGACAAUUUCGACGAUUCUGAGAUUUGUAUACGCCAAAGGAACAAUCUAUCAAGAAACAUGUAUACACUCAUGAAGAAAAAGAAAAUAAAAAGAGCAAAUUAUGAUGCGGUAGAACUGCAAUAUAUGGUUGUUUUCUUAAAAUCUCUCGCUAAGAGAUUACAUGUUUCUGAGAAGUAUCUUCUGAAAUUCUUAUUCAAUGUUCAUCAUCCCCCAGUCCCGUAGGUAACAAAAUCUGUCGAAGAAAGCAUUUGCACAAAAUGUUUGCUACAAAUUUCGUGUCAGUAGAAUACCAACAGAAACUUAAUAGAAUCUGUUUAUAAAAUAUGGCAUUACUUAUGAGAAAUAAAUUAUAAUUGUUUCUA